AUGAUAUAGGAAAUAAGCUUUUGGAUGAAGCAGAUGGGGUUGAGAAUUACGCUGAAUUCAUCAGGCUAACAGCAAACUGCUAUAAGGAAGAAGAGGAAGCGGAAGAUGAGGAUCCUAGAAAAGCUGAAGUUACACCACUAUAUGUUGGGAUGGAAUGGGGUUCUUUUACAGAGUGCAGAGAGUAUUUAAGAGACUAUGGUAUUAGCAAAAGAUUCGGGAUGAGAAAAAUUAUGAACAACAAAGUAAGAAAAGAGUAUGUGUGUGAUGAUGAUAACUGUGGUUGGUUUGUGAAGUGUAUCUCAAUGAGUGACAAUGUUACUUUUAGGCUCAAGAAAGGUGAGUUUAAGCAUACUUGUCAACCAAGAGGGAUGGAAAAUGCGUUAGCAAGUGGGUGGCACACAAGAUUCUGGGAUAUGUAAGAGACAACCCUGACUGCAAGCCUAAAGCUAUAAGGAGAAGAGUUAAGAGGAAGUAUAAGGUGAAUAUUUCAUAUUGGACAGCUUGGCAUGCUAGGUGGAGGUGUUUGGAGAUGAUAUUGGGAAGCUUUGAAGAUUCUUACGCUAAAGUUCCUGAUUUGUGUGAGCAAAUAAAGAAGGACAAUCCUGGUAGCAUUGCUGCAUUCAGUAGAGAUAGUAGAACAAAGCAGUUCACAGGCUUGUGUGUGGCUUACAAUGCUAGUCUAGAAGGCUUUAAAGAUGCUAGACCAAUGAUUGGUUUAGAUGCUUACCACAGUAAUGGCAAAUAUGGCGGGGUGAUUAUGAGUGAUACAGCUUUGGAUGGUAACGGUGGGUUAUUCCCCCUUGCAGUCUACUUCACAAGGUUAGAGUGUAAAGAGACUUGGAAUGCGUUUUUGGAGAUCAUUGCACCUAGUUUGCACCUCCACGACAAGCCUUUGACCUUCAUUAGUGAUAAACAAAAAGGUAUAGAGUAUGGUGUUCAAAGACAGUUUGGUUAUGUCAAUCAUUUUCACAGGCUCUGUUUUAGACAUCACUACAAGAACAUGAAGAUGAAGCAUCCCGGACCUGAGAUAGAGAAGCUUGCUUGGAAAGCAGCCAAGUCCUACAAUGAAAUUGAUUAUAAUCAAGCAAUGAAGGAUCUAGGUGAAACAAAGAUGCAAGCAAGAGAAUAGCUGGAGAAACAUGACUUAUCUCAGUGGACAAGAUGGAAGUUUGACAAGACAAGCAAGUGUGAGCAUGUAACUAACAACUUCAGUGAGUCCUGGAAUAGUUGUAUUCAUGACUUAAGGGCAUUACCCAUCUGCAAGUUUGUUCGGGAGUACCAGAUUCUGAUCAUGAGGUUGAUGCAUGACAGGAAAGAAGUUGCGCUAAGUGAACAAUGGAACCCAGAUGGGUUAGUUCCAAAGGCAGAAAAAAGAUUAGAUAUGCAUAGAAAUAGGCAACAUUUGUUUACUUGUUACCAUUCUACUAAUGUUAAGUGGCUAGUGGAAAGUGACAAUGAUAUGUCUUACAAGGUUGAUUUGGAUAAGAAGAGUUGCGCAUGUGGGGCAUGGGAGGUAGGUGGAAUUCCAUGUGUUCAUGUGAUGGCAGUUAUCUUCCCUAUGGGUCAUGAUGAUAAUAGGUAUGUAGAUUAGUGCUACACUGUUGAAACCUAUAUGAAGAUGUAUGCAGGGAGUGUUGAAGCAUUGGAUCCCAUUGAAACAUGGCCACCUAAUGAGUACAUUGUUAAGCCACCAAGACUAGUAAGGCCAGCUGGUAGGCCAAGAACCCAGAGGAUCAAGGGUAGAGACGAUCCUGGAUACGACAACAGGAAUGCACAUAGAUGCGGGAGGUUUGGACUGUAUGGGCAUCAUAGAACUACUUGCAAAGGAGCUCCAGAUGGAUGUGAAUCUUCUACUGGUCUUCACAUAUACCAUGCUCCACAUAUUAGAAGGCCACCAAAUACAACUGGAACUGGUGAACAUGUGAACUAUAGCAGGACAGUAAGAUCCACUGCGGGUAUUAGGACAACUGGUUUUCAUGGUAGUAGUGUUGGUGCAAGUGGAAGUGGUGGUGGUGGUGGUGGUGGUACAAAUGUAACAGUUGCUGCAACUGUAACUGGUGAUGAUGCAAUUGGUGCUUCUACUCAGCCUGCCAGAGGUGGUACUACUAGGAGAAGAGGAAGAGUUGGUGCUACUAAAGGAAAAAGAGGUGGUGCUAGGGGAAGGAAUGGUGGGGCUUCUACUCAGUCUGCUAGAGUUGAAGGCCAAUACUAUCCAGAGACUCAGCCUGCAAGAGGAAGAGGUAGGGGUAGAGCUAUAAGGAUGCCAGGUGCAGGUUUUGGUGUAGGCCAAUAUUAUCCAAUUGAAAACAUAGCAAGAAGGGCUUCAAGGAUGGAGCACUUGUUGUUUGGAGAUGCUGGUGCUGCUGCCGAACCACAACAACCAACUGCAGGAGAACCACAACAACCAGCUGCAGAACCACAGCGUCCACCUGCCAAGAGAGCGAAAACCGGCCCUCAAUUAGUGCAAUGGAGGUACUAAUUUACAUGACACUGAAGUUAUAAUGCUUCACCUUCUGCUUGAAUAGAAGUUUUUUGGUAAAUACACCCUUUUUAGUUGAAUAGAAAUUUUUUGGUGAUGGCACUUUUUUGCUUGAAUGAUAGUGACAUUCAGUAAUUUCACUUAACAAUAGCCAUUAAUGAACACAACUUUUGUAUAAAUUGCAUUAACAUUCUGUAUGUAUUUAUGAAUGAAAAUGGCAGUGACAUUCUCUAUGUAUUUAUGAAUGAAAAUGGCAGGUGAAACCAUCUUUUGGAU